AUGUCCGCCGCCUGGCUUACGCCGCCCAUCACACUGACGGGAAGUCGCGAGUUUACUUGCGACAGCUUUGGCUUCACACAGGAGCAGUGCGAUUACUAUCAGCAACGUUGGCAUUUCUGGUUCAUCGCCGACCAUGUCUAUGCGUUGUCGACAAUCGCCUUCCUAUUGAGCGUCCUCGGCAUCUUCGUCAUUGGCAACAUUGUCUCACAGUUGUUGGGACAGCGGACAUGGCGCGGCUCUUCACCUUGGCAGAGAGUGAUCGCAGUAACACGAUACUUAUCUUACCGCGGCUUCCACAUCCAGACGUUGCGAUGGAACUCGGCCCCCUUGGGGCUUCUGCUUCUUGCGGCUGUAGGAACUAUCUUUUUCUUCUGCAUGGAUCUGAUUCCCCAGCCCUAUUACUGGCCAAGUUUGGAUUUCGGCGGCUCUCCACCAUUAGGCACAAGAUCGGGAUGGAUGGCUCUGGCAUGCAUGCCUUUUGUCUUCGCGACAGCGACCAAGACGAACUGGAUCACACUCCUCACGGGUGUCUCGCACGAGAAGCUCCAAGUGUUCCAUCGAUGGAUAUCUUACGCCUUUUUCCUCCUCGCACUUAUGCAUACAUUUCCCUUUAUCGUCUUUCACAUAAGAUUUCACGACAUGGUCAUGCAGUUUGAGAUGGGCAUGAUAUUUUACUGGACCGGCAUCGUAGCCAUCAUUUUGCAGGCUUGGCUUACUUUUGCGUCUCACAGUGUGAUUCGAAACUUGGGUUAUGAAUUUUUCAAAGCAACCCAUUUACUCGCCGCCGCAGUAUUCGUCUUGAUAUUCUUCUGGCAUUGCGAUUACACCUUGACUUCUUGGCAUUACUUCAUUGCGACAGCAGCUGUGUACGUCCCUUGCUAUGUUUAUCCAUGGGUGCGGACUUGUUUCGAGUACGGUACGCGAUCAAAGGCUCAGGUCACCGUUGAGGACGGCGGCUUCACACGCAUUUCAAUCCCGGCGAACUUUGCGUGGAUCCCUGGUCAGCACUGCUUCCUCCGCUUCACCGGCUUUGGGUUCUUCCAAUCCUUUUCGGCGCAUCCAUUCACAAUUUGCUCUAUGCCAUCCAAUGUAACAGAAGAAAAAUCGGAGCUCAUCUUCUACAUUCGCCAUCAGAGCGGCUUAACGGCACGUCUGUACCAGUCUGCUCUGAAAACCUCGGGUGCCUCCAUUCCUGUACUUGUCGAUGGUCCUUAUGGAGGAAUUAACCUGCAAUCAUAUGCUCACAGCGACCAUCUUCUUGUCAUUGCAGGAGGAUCAGGUGCGGGAUGGACCUUGCCAUUCAUUGAGCAGUUCAUCAUGUGUCAAUCAAAGACAGUUGAUGAAGAGCGUGGCCAAGCAGCAAACCUUGAUGGCAUAACAGGAAAAACGGGAGGUAUUGAGGGCAGAAUUCACGGCCCAUUCACUCUCCGCGUCGUAGUGGCAAUCCGAGACGCCACUACUCGUUCGUGGUACAUAAGAACUGUCAAGAAGCUGCUAUCUCGAUACGAGAGACUGGAGUCAAUUUCCAAUAUUCGUAUCCAAUUACACUUAACUGGGGAGGCUGCACAAGAGGUAGAUCUGGCUGAUAAAACUCUUGACCUUCCAGCGGAUUUAAAUGGCAGAACAGAGACUACGGCAUCGGCACUGUUCGACGAGCAACUCGACGGACGGCCUCAACUACCGCUGAUUGUCCAAGAAGAGGUAGCAAUAACAGCAAAUGGAGGGGAGUCACUUGCUGUCUUUGUUUGCGGGCCGGUUACUAUGCAAGAUGAUGUUCGAAAUGCUGUUGCGGAUGCAAACCUAAAUAUCCUCAAAGGCUCUAGGUCUGGAGGAGUAUAUUUGCAUUCUGAGCAUUUCUCUUGGGCAUAA